AUGAUCCGAAAACAAUUUAAGCUUUUAUUUGUUUUUGAUGCCACCACAACAAGCAAUCAGGAGCCGCCAACUUGUCUUCCAAAUGGUAGCAAAUCAAAUUGGCCAACAAAGAACGAGCCAGAAUGGUGGUCCAGAAACGGCCAAUGCAAUGAGCAUACAUCAUGGACAACUGUUGCAUUUGGACACUGGGACACAACUGGGAGUACAAUUGAUGGAUCACCCAAAACCAUCUGACUGCUGCCCCAGACGACCAUUGUCAGUACUCGUUCUCGUACGUUGCUGCUGCUGCUGCUGCUGCCGUAGCAGUUGCAGUGGAAACCAGAGCCAAAUGAGUGGCAAAGAGUUGCGUAAAACGAAACCAGCGAUAAUGAUCAUGCCAGGGCGCAA